ACAAUUUAACCAACUAGUGCGAAAGUGUUGUUCUCAGUGUGGUUUGAAAUCGUUAAGCGUGCGAACGUGUGUUUAGUGAUAAAAUACAUUUGUUUCAUUCGCGAACCUAACAGAUCUUUCUUCUGUUAAGAAAAAUCGCCAAAAGCAAUAGUUGGGGAAAUCCAAAAACAGUUAAAACAAUAUGCCGCCCAACGCUACCGCCGGGGCGCAGUCAAUUGCUGACUCGCUGAUAUCUGCCGCGGCUAAUGCUGCCGCCGAGUCGGAACAGAAUCCCACCAAGCUGAAACAGGACUCAACGGGAGUCCUCUUCGAGUGCGAUGCGGAGACCAUAGAUGGUGGUCUUGUCAAGGACAUCGUAUCGUUAAAGAAGGCCGACAAGCGCAAACUGAAACUGGUUUGGCGCAACAUUAUUCUCUUUGGAUACUUGCAUUUGGCCGCUCUCUACGGUGCCUGGCUGAUCUUCACCUCCGCCAAAUGGCAGACUAUUGUACUUGCUUUUGCUUUAUAUGUUGUGUCGGGUCUUGGCAUUACGGCUGGUGCCCAUCGUCUGUGGGCCCAUCGCUCGUACAAGGCCAAGUGGCCACUGCGUUUGAUCUUGGUCAUCUUUAACACUGUAGCCUUCCAGGAUGCCGCCUACCAUUGGGCGCGUGAUCAUCGCGUGCAUCAUAAGUACUCGGAAACCGAUGCGGAUCCGCAUAAUGCAACUCGUGGCUUUUUCUUCUCCCACAUCGGCUGGCUGCUUUGCAAGAAGCACCCCGAGGUCAAGGCCAAGGGUAAGGGUGUUGAUAUUUCCGACAUGCGCGCCGAUCCCAUUCUGAUGUUCCAGAAGAAGCACUACAUGAUCCUGAUGCCCCUGUGUUGCUUCAUUUUGCCCACACUGGCUCCUAUGUACUUCUGGAAUGAGACUUUGAUCAAUGCCUGGUUUGUGGCCACCAUGUUCCGUUGGUGUUUUAUCCUGAAUGUCACUUGGUUGGUGAACAGCGCUGCCCACAAGUUUGGCGGUCGUCCCUAUGACAGAUUCAUCAAUCCCUCGGAGAACAUUUCCGUUGCCAUGCUUGCUUUCGGCGAGGGCUGGCAUAACUAUCAUCAUGUGUUCCCCUGGGACUACAAAACCGCUGAGUUUGGAAAAUAUUCGCUAAACUUGACAACGGCCUUCAUUGACUUCUUUGCCAAGAUUGGCUGGGCAUACGAUCUGAAGAGCGUGUCUCCAGACAUUAUCAAGAAGCGUGUGAAGCGCACCGGUGACGGUACCCAUGCUACCUGGGGUUGGGGUGAUAAGGAUCAGCCAAAGGAGGAGAUCGAUGAUGCAGUAAUUACGCACAAAAAGAGCGAGUAAAUAAUUCUAGUGCCAGUCAGCACAGCCGAGAGUAGCCGAUUUUAAAUGAAGUAAAUCAAACAAAUUUCAAUCUAAUUACAAAUGCCGGUAAAAUGAAAAGAAAGAAAAUUUUAACGCCCUAUUUGGAUGAAUGCCUACAACACCUUUUGAAUAAUUUUAAGAAAUGAUGUUGAUGAUAAAUAUCUGUUGUUUAUCGAUACUGUAUACUGUCUGUGUUAAACAAGCUCUGGAAAUGUUUUGUCGCUCUAUAUUUGAUUUUUGGAGACACAUACAGAUCGCCGUCCUAGUUGCGAGCCGUAGAUGUACCGAGUACCACAGUGACGCAACUAGACGGCAGCUAGCAAUUUAUCUUUAUAUUUAUACAUAAACAUACCAUAUAUUAAUUAAUACACACCACACACUCACAUAUGCAUAUAUAUAAUUAAAAUUGUGUUUUUGGUUAAAUUUGAAGAUUCUCUCUCUGUUAAUCAGCAUCAAUAUACAAUUGAGCUUAUUGUCUGAAGAUUUGAAAGUAAGAAACAGUUUCAGUUCAUACGCUAGAAUUAUCAGCAGCACUUUUACAAAAGAUUUUAGUAUAUAUAAUAAGCCAAAAAAAAAAAGAGAAU